CUUGUCUACAUCCGUGCUAGGGCAAUCGUCGGCAGCACCACUCGUCCCGCUAACAUCUCCCGUCCUUCACACAGGUCAAUCCGUCAAAUCGGGUCCUCCACAUUAUCACGUCCACUCUUGAGCCUGAAUCACUCUUCUGCCGUUGAAACUGGGCGACGCACACGUAGUAUUCCGCUUAGAAUACGCGUGCCAGCGCCCGUCGGCUGUCCAAAGCUGUUUUGGCGGGUACCCAAAGCAUCGAACUUCGACUUACAAGUCCCGCAUGGCCCAGCCAUGCCCUGUCGCUUUCCCCAAAGUUCCAAUAGGAAUACCCUACGGAUACCUUGGUGGUCCAGUAUGGGGAAGCCAGCUACGGGUACCGUGUGGUGCGUAUCCGUACCCGUACAGUACCCCUUCGAGCCGCCUAUCUUACCGUCUCUCUCUCUCUCUCUCUCUCUCCACAACGAAUGCCCCCCGUGGCUCCAUGGCAGCGCAACCCUGCUGUGGGAAGAGUCUCAGUGACCGCCUCCAUCCUCAAGGCUUCGUAAAGAACUCGGGGGACUUCAAGGGCGCUCUCCAGGGCCAAGACUGCGACUCUGUCUGGUUGGUAAGCUCUGGUCUGGCUCUGCCCCUCAACGGAGAAACACGGUAUUUGGAAGCUCGACACAGUCUGGGUCCUACAGCAAGACGUCGAUAUGUUUUACUGUCCGAAAGCACGAUACUGGAGCGAUUUGGCUUCGAUCCCUUGUCGCCUUCUAUGCCGACGGAGAAUAGUCUCGAAGAGCUAGUACGAUUUAUCCACAUUGUGUUCAUGACAGUCAGGUACACGCUCCCGGUAGGAUAUCCACUGUUCACCGCACGUCGCCUGCAUACAGGGACCCCGAUGUUGGCGGGAGAGAAAAAACUCUCGCUGGAUGUUUCUUUGCACCUUGUUAAUCGGUCCUCAAGCACACGGACCCCACGGAUACUCAACUGACAAAAUUGCCCUGUGCUGAGCUGAAGUCUGGCGGAUGGAUCACGAACCAGAAUCGGCACCGGUGGCCGGGUCGGGAUUCCACUGAUCUUACUACUCCCAACUCCUCCUCCGAGGCUGACCGCUGGCGCACGCCUGGUCAAUCACGAAGGUUCUGGCGCCUCUACGUCAUAGCGACUGGGGCGGCUCUCGUCAGAUGGUCUUCCUCUUACUCAGUGACCCUCGCCGUUCCGGCCGAUCCGUUACCGCUCAUCGCUUUCGCACCGACCUCCGAUCGUGACAGGCCGUAGAGUGGCUAAUCGACGCCUCUUCCUCGACCUCGCCAGUGCUCGCCUUCGCCUCUCGCAAGUUGCAACCGCGGGAGCUGACGUGCUGACCUAAGCUUGCUGGGUGUUCCCC